AUGGGCCAAGGAAACUCGUCACAAAUUAGUCACUACGAAGAAAGCCAAGCCAUAACCAAGAUAUUUGACGGAUUUUCUACACUUCUGCGGUUGCAGAUAAAAGAACAAGACCGUGCUAUUGAAAAAAUUUCUUCAAGAUUGGAUCAGCUGGAGAAAUCGGUUUUCAACAUUCAGCAGGAUUUGAAUGUGUUAAAGAGCACAAGACCAGUUACCUCCCAUUCCAGCUUCGGAAGCAAUUCUCAACAACAAUUUAGCACAUCUGGCUAUGGAAUUGUCAAUCCUUCUCUGAAUUCACAAGUGAACACUACAAACUUCUCUCCACAAUACAGAGUUAUAUACCCAGUCCAGAAUAAUGUUUCUCAUCAUUCAUCAACCUCCUCACAUUUUCCUGCAUUUUCACAGUCGUCAUCGACGAACAAAACACCCCCAGUUGCGCCACCUCCCGAAGUGUUAGGCACCGUAACAUUUGUAUACAACAACGACUAUGAGCCAGAUUUAUUAACCAUGUCCGUAAAAAAGUUUGCUGAUGAAAUGAAAACAUGUUUUGGCAGCAAAGGGAUUCAUUUUGCAACAAAAUCCGAGAUCAAAGAAGGUGGAAAGAAAUAUGUAAAUGUUUCUUUUAUGGAUCAGUCAUCAUUUUGUUCGGGUAUUCACCCAAGCAGUGCAUCUGGGAAAGAAUUAGUCAUAUUUGUAUGUAUUAGAAAAAGUGACUCUAGAGAAACCAGGUUGGACAUGACAAAGCUGUUCCCUGAAAUAAGUGAAUGGAUGGCAAGCACAAAUCACACCAAGAACAACGUAACAGAUGGUACUGGAUACCUGUUUGUUAAAUUUCAGAAUUACAAGUCAGUACAAGAAGCAGGAAACUCUGAGUAUCAAGAGUUAACACCUUUCCAAGAGUUAGAGAUCGCUAAUAAGGAACAUUUCACCUCGUGUGCGAUGGGGUAUUUUGAAGUCCCUUUCUCAUUCCUUAAGAAAGAUUUGCUUGUCUAUUCUGUUCCCCAUACUUUUCAAACUGCUGUUCAUUCGUUCUUCAUCACCAACAAAUGA